GAUAAGCGCGCGCGACGACGCGGCGUGACGCGGCGCGGCGCGUCGCCACUGCUGCAGCGUAACGUAGAAAGUCAGUUGGACGGCGGCGCCGCACCAGUUGUACGCGUAGGGACGCGCCUUUUCGUGGCCCAGCGAUCAAAUAUCGGCCGCUCGUGAUUUCGUGCGCCCCUUUAGUGCCUCCCUUCCUCGAACUCGUUGAAGGAAUUCAAUUCGAUUCAAUUUUUCGUAUUGUCGAAAUCGAAUGAGAUAAUUUGGAAAAAAGAACUCAGACUAAGAGAAGAGGAGGAAAGAUAAAAGAGGACUUUAAAAGAGAGAGAGAGAGAGGAGAAUCGAAUUCUCGAUCUUCUCGAUCGUGAUAUUACUUUUAAUUGUGAGAGGAGGGAGAAUAAUCGUAAUCGUGAUCGAGUACAGAUCGAGGAUAGAAGGAAAGUUUGGAAAGGGACGGAAGUCGGUGGAUCAAGUGCCUUUUUCUUUCUGUUUCGCGGGGAUACCGUUGGUCCCGCCCCUCUGGGCGGCUCCUGGCACCCGGAAGUAUCCUCGGCCCGAAUACUGACGGACCUGUCCUCGCAGUACGAGCUCCCAUCGCCGCAACCAGGAUGUUUUUGUCCUCGAGAGCUUUCCCGCCGAUUCUCUUCGCCGCGCUCUUCCUCUGCAUCGGACUGGCACACGGUAUCAGAUGUUACAAAUGCGGACAGUACAACGAGGGAGUCGGCAGCAUCACGCCGUGCAUCAAUUACACCGCUCACAUGCAUCUGAAGGAAUGUCCAUCCUCGGCCAAAUGGUGCAUCAAAUAUGUCAGCGAAGGGUCGAUAGUUCGAGACUGCGUGCCAACGUGUGUGGAAAAGGAGGCCUGGAGCACGAUGACGUAUUGUUGCCAGCAGGACGGUUGCAACUCGGCCCCAUCGUUUGUGUCCAACAACAGCCUCGCGAUCGUCGCGAUCACGAUGGUGCUCCUCCUUGUGCUUCGUGGCUAAUACGUCGUUUCCAGCGACCAGGUGACCGCGAAUGGAAGCUACGGGAUCCCUUCGACAUCACCGCGCUAACCAUCGAUUAUUGUCCUGGCCUUUAUCUUGCUGACUGGACGCUGGCCAGUCGAUAGUUGUCGAACAAUUUUGAUCGAAUAUCUGUGAAAUUUCCAUCCUUCAAUCGAUUUUCUAUGCGCUCCACCAUUCUCAUAGAUUCUUUGGUUUGUAUAAUUCUUUUUGGUUUGAUGAAAAAAUAUGUGAUGCUCCAUUUUCAUCGAUUUUUAUAUUUUCUUUUUAUUUACCUCUCUAUUAUUCUUUUAUUUGCAACGACGUUUAUAUUUUUCUUCUCCUUUUUCUGGGUUAAUGAAGAAACCAUUCUUAAUACGUAAUAAAAUGUAUAAAUUAAACGGGGAGUUUAAUUGGUGAUUCAAGUUUCUUAAUUUCACUUUAGUUUCCAGCGAAACGUCCUCUGGAGGAUUUUAUUCGAUUUAAUUUAAUUUUAGUGUAAAGAAAUUCCGUUCUAUAUACGUAUAUACGAAAGUUCUUUAAGUUGUUUAAUUCGUUUCCCCUCUCUCGUUAAAUGUAAAACAUUUGAGGAAAUUAGGAACAUCCGUGAGAAAGGUUGAGUUCUAGGUAAAAUUCAAUCUUUGUUCUUCGAGAAAUAAAGAUAUUCAUUUUUCUUUUCUUGAUUGAAAUGUUGUUUCAAUUGGAUAAUUUAAACUUCUUCAAUUUUUUUUUUUUGUCUAAAGAAAACAAUUUUUCUAUAUUCAUCAAUCUUACACUUUGAACAAUCUUAUGAUUCCAUGAGAGAUUUUCUUAUGGAUUCUUUUUAUGACAUUUCAUACAUUCGAAGAUCGAAUUCUUUUCACAGUUGAAUUUCCAUCGGUCAGCUUCCUUUUAUUCGAAGCUGACACUCGCCUCUUGAGCGACCCUCGAAUUCGAUUUAUUCGAGAACUGGUUCGCCGAUUCUUUCACCUCUUUUCUUCGCUUCAUACCACUUCAUACCACCGCAGCCAUAAGUGCUUGGUCUAACAAGAGCUGGAAAAGGGGGAUUCUCGAUGACACGUUCACAAUCACGAACAGCUUCGAACAGAGACGAAACGGAAUUCUUCGAGGCUUGGAAAAUGUUAUUUCGAUGAUUCAUUCGUAUUAUUUUCUCUGUGUAAUCUUUUAUCAUUAAUUUCUUGGGUAUCGAUUUAAUUCUUCAAAAACAAAUUUCUCACAUUACGAUAUUAUAUGAUCCUGAAAAUUAUAGUAUUUAGAUUAUUAUUUUAUAAUAAUAAUUAAUAAUUAAUUGAAUAUUCGUUAAGUUUAAAUUUGCUAAAUAUUGCAUUAAUUCGAUUGAUUAGAUUAUUGUCGAAUGUUGAUAUGAAAUAAGUAAUUGUUAUAAUUUUUUAUUAUUCUCAUUUUAUUACACGUAAUUUGAAAAGAUUGAAAUUUAUUUAUUCGAUGAUACCAUUAGAUUAUCUGUCUAUUCGCCAUAUACUUUAUUUCUUUUUGCGUUUUGGUUUUGCUUCAGAAACCUCUCAGCUUCAUUCACGAUGAUCGAUUUUCGAUUCCUUCUUCCUCCUUCUAUCGGUUUCCCAUUUAGUUCUUCGACUUUUUCCAUCCCAUUUUCUCAAGUUUAUUCUCCUCUAUUUUCCUUCCAUGACAACACUUGCCACAUAUUCUACUGGAUCCCUCUUCAAAAUACUUCAAAACUUAUUCCUAUAAUAUUCAAAUGCAAAAAAAAAAAUAAAUAAAUAAAUAAAGAAAAACGUAUAUUAUAAUUCUAAUAUAUUUUCGAAAAGAAUCGAAGGAAAAUAUGAAAUAUAAAAUGAGAGAAAUAGACAACUAUCGAUUCAUCGUCAAUUCCAAUCGAGCAAGAAUUGGCCACCGCGAUCGCGAGAAAUAGAAAAAAAAAUUGGACCACAAAAACCCGUGAUAGCGGACGAGAUAAAAGCGAAAAUACGGUGAAAGCGCGUGAAAAGGAAAGAAUUUCUCGAUGGCUCGAUCAUUCGUGGUCAAUCCGACAUAUUUCUAUAGUUCGUAAGAUUCGUUCACGAAGGAGAAAAGAGGGAGGCAAAAAAAAAAAGAGAAAAAAGAAUAAGGUAGUAAUUUGAAAGAAAUGGUAAAAGAGAAAAAAAGAAAAAAAAAAGAAAUGGAAGAGAAAAAAUGAAACCCGCGUGGAUAUAUAAAUAUAUAUAUAUAUAUACAUAUAUAUAUAUAUUAUGUAACCUACAUACAGACAACAGUUUAAUGAGGAACAGUGAGGAUAAUAAUGAUAAUAUUAUUAUUAUUAUGAUUACUAUUAUUACUAUUAUUAUUAUUGAUUAUUAUUAUUAUGAAUUAUUAUUAUUACUAUAUUGCUACUAAUUACUACUAUUACCAUUAACUAUUACCAUUACUAAAAGAUUAACGACACUAAACUGGAAGUAUUACACCGAUUAUACAUAAACUUAAUUAUACAUAUAUAUACAUAUAUAUAUAUGGAGUAUAUAUAUAUAUAAAUAUAUAUGUAUAAAUAUAUAUAUAUAUAUAUUAUAAAUAUAUACAUAGUAGCGAUAAAAGAUCGAUAGACGUCGAAAUCGAAUGGAGAGUUUGUCGAUUAUUAUUACUACCGUAUUGUAACCGCUUGAAGUAGCCUUAAUAAUUGUAAUUAACGAACGCACGCGUGAGAUAUUAAAAAAAAAACUGCGUAAUAUCUUAUUGGUUGGUGUGAGGAGAUUGCGUAUUACCUCGUUUUAAUCUUGUUUUCUAAAUAUUUAUUUUUUUCCUUCCUCUUCUUUUCCAAUGAUUAAAAGUUUUGAAAGAAGUCGUCAAGCAGAUUUAUAAACACUUCUACGAAGAAUUUUAUUAAAUAACAAUUUUUCUCUUGCACGGUUUCCUAUUUCCAUGCUGCUCGUAUUGGUCAAUUAAAAAUCAUUCGUCUUAGUCAAUUACCACGAGUAGAGAUUUACACGAGUCGAAUUGCUACGAGAGAUAAAUUUAAAUUAGACUUUUUAAUCAAAAUUAAUAAUUUUCCCAUCUUUCUCUGGUUCACGAAUUUGUUUUUCUUGUUUCUCCUUCGCUAAAUCAAAUAAUGGAAAACAAGAAUUAAAUAUUUAUCAAACUUAAUUUUUAACAUUUUCGAUAUAGACAGAUAAUCGAGAUCAAAACGAGAACAUUCGUUCUCCUCAGAUUAACCAACAUCUGAAAUUCCUAAAUUGUAGAAUGAUUCAUCCUAGCCGGUAAGCGAUUCACAAAUAGUAGAGAUGAUAAUCUACUUUACCUGUUUCACGAAUGAAAGCAAUGAAAAUAAAAAAAAAAAAAAAAGAAAAAAAUAUCACGAAGGUAGUAUACAGAAAUUAUUAGCGAUUAUAUACCUGUUCUUCUGAGAUUAGGCGAAGAAAUGAUUUAUCUAAAGUGAAAAUUAGCUCGAGUCUAGCGUAAAUGAUACUUAAACACUUAACCUGUUUCCCGUCACGGAUGUCAACCGAUCGAUUAACGUCAUUGUUAUUGUUGGACGAAUGUUUCGAGGUAGAAAUUAUUCCAAAUUUGAAUAAUUUUUCAAUUUUUUUAAAAAUAAUAAUAGAAAUCGAUUCGAAUAUGGAUUUUCGAUGCAACGUUGUUAAUUCGAGACGGAGAGGUUAGGUUUUGAUUACGUACUGCCAUUACGUAUUUGAAUGGAAAUCGAUGAAUUGACAAAUUUAAUAUAAACAUUCUGUAAUACGGUAGAGAAAAUAUAUAUGGAAAAUUUAUAAUACAAUGUAAUUUUAAAAUUUUUCUUGUAUGAUAAAAGCUUAUAUGAUGAAAAUAUAUAUAAUAGUGUUCGUGAAAUAUAUAUUUGAUGAAAACAUCUACAAUAGUAUUUCCAAUAUUUAAUGACACUAGCGUAAAAAUUUGUCAGGUGAUCGUAUCAAUAUUGGAAAUUUGUCACAUCACAAGAACCGUAUAUUCGUACAAAUAUUUGAAAUUUGUCACGAUGUUACGAUCGAAAUGUCACAAUCUUCGCCAUGAUAAAAUUCAGCCAUAUGACAGCAAAUAAAUUAAUCUUUGCAUUUUACUAGUCAUCUUACAAUUUCUUCUAUAUAACUGUUCUUAUGUCUAAUAUAAUAAAAGGAGAGGAAAAAAUCCCCCCAAAUUGAACAACGACACGAAUCUAUUUAUAUUAAUAUUUUCAUUAUUGAAUUAAAUAGAAAUAAGUUGCUUAAGAUUCCAAAUCUCCAUGAAUAAUCUAUGAGUUCUAAUCUAUAAAUCUAUUCUAAUCUAAUAAAUCAAGAUUUUAUUAAUUUAAUCAAGUAGAAAAGAUGUUUCAUCAAAAAUCCAUAAAGAAUCGAAUUUAUAUUCUACACCACGAACAUUAUAUAAUCCCGUUUGAAUAAACACAUUUGUUAAAAGCUACAAUUGUUGCGGAUCACUUCGUUCAAACUUCGCUUACACUUUAUCCAUGUAUUUUUAUAACACAAAGUGACAAAGGUGGCGCUUGUGUCCAUGUGGAUACGCAAUCAUUGUGGCUCAAUCUAUCUUUCAAGUUUUCAUAAUCUCGAUCUUCGAUUGUUUGUACAUACAUAUAUAUACGAUUUAAAUUGCAAAAAAAAAAAAAAAAAAUCAAAAGUAACAAAAAUAAUUUUAAAGCAAAAAAAUUUUAAAGCAAUUCUACCUCGAAUCAUUCCAUAUAUCAAUAAAAAAAUAUAUAAAUAAAAAAAGAUAAAAAAAAAGAACGAAAUGGAUUAUUGAAUAUCGAAGUUUUAUCAGGACGCACAUAAGCAAAAAAGAGCGAAAAAAACCAUGAUUUUCGGAUAAUAUAUUAACAAGUUAUAUAUUAACAAUACUAUAUAAUUCUAGGCGACUUCCUUAGCGUGUAAGAUUUUAUUAUAUCCAAUAAGGAACGCUCGAUAAUAAAUCCGACAUCGUUCCAAGCUCCUAAAUAAAUGAGUGAAAAAUUAUCAACAAAAAAAAAAAGAUAAAAAGAAAAAUUUCCACAUCGAUUAUCGAUUGAAUAAGGAUCGAAAAAUGGAUACGUGAUUUCCGUGCGAGAAAAGUGUUUAGGAAGUGUGAGUAUAGGUGGCGUUUCAACGUACAGCGUAACAUUUUACAUUUGCUUCGAGCACUAUUUCAAUAGAUACAUUAUUAAAGAGGUUCGUGAGAGAAAAGAUAAAAAAAAAAAAAAGUCUAAACGAGAAAA